AUGAAACUCAAAAAACUGACCACAUCCAUUUCGGAAAUCUCAAAUUGCACUCCGCGAUUUAUUGUUGGCUGUGGUGUCGGCGGACAGACAAACGUCGUCUGUGCGACUUCUGUCGUAUCGGCAAUCUCGGACACGUACGGUGUGGACGAGUUGUCGUUGAUCACCGUGGCGGAAUUAGCGGCUAGCGAAGUUGCCGCAACUGUUGUUGCGUUCGACGACGACGAUGACGACGAAAGACCUGACGCUGCUGCAGCGGCAAACGAUUGUACACUGGACGAGUUGUUGUUGCUGCUGCUGCUGUUCGAGCCUGUAAAACACAUGUAG